AUGUACGAGAUAUUUUCCGGUUGUGAAUUAUAUGAACAUAUACUGAAAGCCUUGAGCGAUGACCUUUUCAAAUCUCCCCAGUUGCUGCUGAAACAAAUCAAAUCCGAUCAUCUGCGACCGGCGUAUUACAACGAAUUAGCCAUGAAGUUCGACCAGAUCGGUGCGCUAAUUUGGUCGACAUGGGAUGCCAAUCCAGAAAACCGUCCAACAUUCUCGGAAAUCUUAAAACAGCUAAAGAAAGCUAAUCCGAAGCAGAAAAGUAUCCUGGACACCAUGAUGGUAGCCGUGGAGCGCUAUGCUGCUACUUUGGAAGAGAAAGUGAUGGAACGCACCAGAGAUUUAGAAAAGACAACCAAGAGCCUGGAAUCACUGCUGAAUAAUAUGUUACCGGCGGCAUUGGCUGCCAAACUGGCCAAUGGAGAACUGGUUGAGCCUGAGUACUUUGAGAGUGCCACGGUAUUUUUCUCCGAUGUCGUCGGCUUUACGACGUUUGCUUCUACACAUACGCCUUUUGAAGUUGUGAAACUUCUGAAUGACCUUUAUUCAGCUUUUGAUGGAGUGAUAAUGAAAAGUGCAGAGGUGUACAAAGUGGAAACAAUUGGUGAUGCCUACAUGUGUGUUUCGGGUAUUCCUCAGCGUAAUGGCAAUAAGCACUCAGCGGAAAUUGCCAACAUGGCUCUAAGUAUUCUGAACACUGUAGUGUCGGUCAGAAUAUCCGAGGUACUCUCGGAACCACUGAAAGUUCGGAUCGGGAUUAACAGCGGACCUGUGAUAGCCGGCAUAGUGGGUCUGAAAAUGCCCCGCUACUGUCUCUUCGGUGAUACCGUAAAUACUGCUUCCCGCAUGGAGAGCUCGUCUCUGCCUUUAAGAAUCCAGGUGUCGCAAGCGACAAAAUUACUGCUUGAUGAAUUCCAUAUCUAUCACAUGGUAGAACGAGGAAUGCAGAGUGUGAAGGGAAAGGGAACGAUGAUGACUUAUUGGCUAAUAAGCAGUGAUCAGUUCAAAGAAGUGCUUCCUGAAUAUAACUCCGCAGAUGAUGCCCAGUUAUUUUUGUUGUUAGAUUCCACUCAAGUGAAAUAAGUAAAAAUCC